GAGACCGUGAGAGGAGUAGGAGCACUUGCGCCACCCUCUCUCUCCCUCACACUCCCCAAGACACACCCAGCCGCUACGGAAGAGGAGGAGGAGGAGGAGGAGGGAGAGGGAGGAGGGAAAAGGGGCUCUCCCCUUCAUCCUCACCUCACAUUAUCUUCUUCGCUACCAUUCUCCUCUCUCCCUUGUUUCAGUUUCUCCGCGUCGCUUACCAGAAACCAUCCAGGCCUUUCUUCCUCCCUAGAGCCCCAUUCCACAAUUCAUUUCCCUCCUUGCCCAUCACCACCAUCCCUUCCUCUAUCCUUCCCUCCUCUUUGGUCCUCCUUUCCCUCCUCACCCAUUACCACUGUCCCUCCCUCUAUCCUUUCUUCCCACCAUCCCCUUCCUUUGGUUCUCCUCCUUCUCCCCGCUAUUCCUUUUUUAUGCGUACUGCGGAGGAGGAAAAAGAGACAAGGAGAGCCAUUGUUAUAUAGAAAGUCUUGUGCAGUUAAAAAAAGAAUAAGAAAAUAAAGUAUCCACUCGAGGAAAUUAAAUAUGGAGAUAAAAAAAUGAAGUAAUGAAAUGAACAUGAAAUAAAGUUACGAGGAAAAAAAGGAAAACAUAAAAACACCCAAAACACGUCAAAGGAGUGAAUACGUUGUGAAAUAAAACAUCAGUGGAAAAACAUAUAUAAAAAAUCUAUAUACAGAUACUUAAUAAUAAACACUUACUGCAUUCCGUGUCCAUAACAACAACAACAAACUCUAGUGUGCGUCUGUGUGCUGGCGGGUGUGUUUGUGCGUGUGUUUGUGAGAGGAACGUACGCCGGGCCAAGAGAGAGUGUUUUGAGGAGUAAGAAGGAAGACAGCGACGGCCUCCACGCCUCCACUACGAGAGAGAAAGGAAGACCGUGCGUCAGAGCUCAGCCAACGGCCACAGCGGGGCGGCUAUCCUUGUCCUGACGGGACACACUCCAGUCAGGAUGUGAGACGCGCGGAGUGAGGACGCACCGGCCAGCUGGUGGACCUGCCGCCGGCGAGUCGGUCCACAGUCGUGGCCUUUCACGGCACAGGCCACUGGGUGAGGACGUAACAAGUUGCCUCCGGGGCAGUCCGUUCUUGGGUAUUACAUAAGGGCGGGCCAGCCUCGUUGAGGAUGAACGACAACCUAAGCGAAGUGUGUAACACGACUAACAUUCAGAAUGAGGCGCCUUUGGGCUGGAUCAUGGCGGCGCAGGCGUGGGCAUGGACAGUGUCGUGUAUUGGUGGCGUGGGGAACUUGGUCACGAUCUGUGCUAUCGCCUACCAGCUGUACUUGGGGCGGGUGUGGCGGCGGCGGCACGGCUCGGUGGGCCGGCCGGUGGUGGCACUGGAGGGCGACACCAUCCUGCUGCUGCACCUGAGCAUCUGUGACUUCCUCUACUGCGCCGUCAACUUGCCCAUCACUGCCAUCACCUACAACUACGCGCUGGGCUACACGGAACUCCAGCCCUCCAAGAAAUUCUGCACGGGCGCCGCGCUCUUUCGCUACGUAAACGCCCUGGCGGAGUGGACCACGCUGGGCCUGCUGACGGUCCAGCGCUGCGUCGACCUGGGCCGGUCCCGGGGCGCCAGGUUCUUCCGGCCCCGCCCCACCGUCCUGUUCAUCGCCGGCAUAUGGGUGGGCAGCGUCGUGCUCCAGCUGGGCGCCAUCAUAAAGGGUCAUUUCAGCUACGACAUGGUGACCUACAAGUGCGACAUGACCCACCGCACGGCCAGACUUUACUUCUACGCCCUCCACUCCCUGCUGCCCUGCGUGCUCAUGAUGGUAGGCUGCGGUAGCAUCAUAUGGCAGGUGCACGCCAACACUCGGGCCCUACACGACGCUGGCAUGUCCCAGGAUAUGGUAGCAAGACGAGAUCGCAACCUGGCCCGCUCCACCGUCCUCCUUCUCGCCCUGCUCCUCCUCUUCCUUGCCUGCGUCCUCCCCGUCUGCGCCUACAACCUCCACUCCCUGCUCUCCCCGCUGCCCAGCCUGAGCCUCAACAUCGCCAUCUAUAUGCUGUACUGGGUGCAAUACGGCGUCAAUUUCUGUGUCUACGCCGCCGUCAACCCCAGAUUCCGAAGGGCGUACCGGCAGCUCCUAUGUGGCUCCGGAUGGGCGGGCGAGAGCGGGACCGAAGGCGCUGGCGAAGGAAGAGUAGGAAGCACAGGAAUCGGAGAGCGAGAGGAGGUUUUAGGGAGGGCAUACAAGCCGUCAGUGACCAAGUUGAUGAUGGCGGCGCCUCACCUGUGCGUGGCGACGUCUGUGGCGUUACCUGUGGAGGAGGAGGGGGAAGAGGAAGAGGAGGACCCAAGGACGAAGCGUGUCAGGAGAGAGUGCACUCUUCCCCUCCUCCUCCCCCUCCUCCUCCGCCGCCUGCCGAAGGGACGCCAAAGCUGCCGAUACCUUCGUUCGUGUAGCUACCACGCCCCCCGCGACAUCCCCCUGGCCCUGCCCCCCACCCAGAGGCGCAAAGGAUCCAUGCCCAUCACGCCCUCCGCCAAUGGCCUCACGUAUACCCCCUUCCGUCUUUGAUUAAAUAGUUAGUGUAGCUUGUCACAAACAGCCUCGUAAGGACCAGCAGGUCUGCUGUCGUUUGUUCUUCUUUUGUGUUCCUUUGUGUUCCCCUCUCUUUUCUCGAUACUAACGGGAAGGGUCUCUCUCUCUCUCUCUCUCUCUCUCUCUCUCUCUCUCUCUCUCUCUCUCUCUCUCUCUCUCUCUCUCUCUCUCUCUCUCCAUCCAUCCUUUCCUCACCGUUUCUUCCUCUACACACUGCAUGGUUUCCUCAAAUUCCUCCUCCUCCCCGAUCCCUUUCUUCCCUCCCCACAAACGCAUUAUCCCUCCUUCCCUACCACCGAAUCCUCAACGACCCCCUCCCCUCCUCUUCCCCCUCCCCACAUCAGCGUCCAUCCCCUCUUCUUUCUCUCCAUCACUCUCUCUCUCCCUUUUUCCUUCGUUUCGCAUCCUCCGCCAUUCUUCCCUCUUCCCCUUCACUGUCUUCUAAUAUUCUACCUCAAUCGAGUGUGCUACGUUGGCGUCGUUCUCCGAAGAAAAUACUCAAAGAGGGAAAGUGAAACAGAGACAACGGACGUAGGUUUGAUGGAAAAUAUACAAGAGGAAAACAAAAGCACCAGUGGAAUGGCAUUAAAUGUUGAAGGGAAUAAAAACAAAAGGUAGUGAAAUAUUGCGGAGAAAAAGAGAUUAUACACUGUAGAAGAUGUGGUGGUGCGCUGUGAAAGAGGAAAACGAAUGAGGUCACUGUGAAGGGAAGACGUAAAAUAAAAGACAGAACAAAAUAUAUAUAAUAUAAGAGAAACUGAAAAAUCAUGUACCUGAAUCACACUAAAUAUUUUAUAUAAACAAAAAAACAAACACACGCACACACGUAAACACACACACACACACACACACACACACACACACACACACACACACAAAUAAAUCUUUCACGAUACGAUACGAUACACACACACACACACACACACACACACACACACAUUAAAAUGAACUCCAGUAUUUUGUCUUACUUUCCAUAUAAAAAAGGCAUAGUGUGUAUAUGUAUGUACGUAUGGAUGUUUGUAUCACCGUCGUGCUUUUGUGUACCGCCAGUGUUCAGAACGAAGCGAACCGUACCGAUCACCGUGUAGCCGGGAAAGGACCGUCGCCGUGCCUCGUGGUUAUGGGGUCGCCGCACCCGACGAGCCGUGCAACUACUGCAGGUAUCAUUAAACGUGAAAAGACAGCCUCCUUUAAUU